AUGACAAAAUUCAACCCGAAAAUCGACAACAUACGCUCGUAUUUCGAACGCUUUGAGAACUAUGUAGACAUAAAUGAUGUCCCUGAAGAGAAGAAACUUAAGCUGUUUCUCAACGUACUCGGAGCGGAGGCAUAUGAAGAGUUAAAGAAGAUAGUCGUGCCUCAUUUGCCGUCUCAGAAGACCUUCGGGGAAGUUAAACAGCUUCUAGAAGGUCAUUUCAGACCAGCUCGCUCAAUCAUUGCAGAGCGUUGUAAAUUUUAUCGUCGAAUGCAAUAUGAAAAUGAAGGUGUCAAAGAUUUCGUCACGGAACUGAAGCACCUGGCAAGAGAUUGCAAUUUCGGCACGUUUCUAAAUGAUGCGCUAAGGGACAGACUGGUAGCUGGUUUGCGUGACGAAGAAACGCAAGGGGCUCUUUUUGCACAAGCAGACCUGACGUUUCAGCUGGCAUGCAAAACGGCGCUAGAGAAAGAGCUAGCUGCACAACAGGCAAAGCAAAUGCAUGAAUUUGACGGGAAACCACACAGCGUCAACGCCGUUCGCGGCGAACGACACCGUGAUAAGGGAAAGAAAUCGGGGGCAGUAUCACGGUCGAAAGAUAAGGAAGAUGAAGAACUGCGUAGUGCUUGCUGGCAUUGCGGAAAGCGCCAUAGGGCAGAAAAAUUUUGGUAUCGAAACCACACUUGCUGA